CUAACUACAAUCAAGGCCGUCACCUGACUGCUGGAUCGAACAUUUCCUUGGUCAACACAGCUAAUGCAUCCCUUCCUCCAAUCCUCAACGCAAUGGAAGUUUUCAAGGUCCAGCGAGGACUCGCUAAUGGAACCAACGAACAGGAUGUGAACGCAUUGAAGGUGUUGCAGGGUCAAUAUCAACAACUUCAAUCAUGGGCAGGUGAUCCAUGCCUUCCUGCAGGGUCCACUUGGGAAUGGCUCAAGUGCAAUACUGAUGAUCUACCACGUGUUACUGAACUGGACCUUAGUGGGCUAGGCUUGAGCAGUCCCCUUCCAGACUUCAGCAGCUUGAUUGCACUUGAGAUUAUUGAUCUGAGUAACAACAGCUUGAGCGGACAGAUUCCGGACUUCUUGGGGACAUUUCCUUACUUGAAGGAGUUGAACUUGGCAGACAAUAAUUUGACUGGACCCCUUCCACCAUCAUUGACAGACACUAGAAAAAUAAAACUGAAAAAAUCCUAUGAAGCACAAGGGUGGUUAUAUUCAGCUGGUGCCAAACCAUUCAUUCACCUAUGAAGAGAUUGUGGAGAUCACUCGGGACUUUGAAAUCCUUAUUGGUGAGGGAGGAUCUGGCACUGUUUACUAUGGCCACCUUAAUAAAGGAAAGGAAGUUGCAGUCAAGGUAUUGAAUAAUUCACAGGAACGACUAUCUAAAGAAUUUGUUGCAGAGGUCAAGAUAUUAAUGACAGUUCAUCACAAAAACCUCGUUUCAUUUGUUGGUUUCUGUGAGGAAGACAUGAACAUGAUUGUCCUUUACGAGUACAUGCAGAAUGGAAGCUUGAGAGAAUUCUUAUCAGGUACACACCUAGAUAACUUUCAUUUUCUGAAAUUUAUCAUGAAUUUCUAAAUAUAAAUGCCAAAUAUAUCAUAGAAGAAAUAGUCAU